GUGAAUGAAAAGCGGUACUUAAAAAAAGUCCUGAGAGGGCGUUGUUUUCCGUUCAUCAUAAGUUUUGAACCCAAAGAGCGGGCAGCUGAGAUCGGAGAACUCUCUCUGUCUUUGAAACGCCAUCUCCAUCUCCUUCAGCUCUUUAAAUAAAAAAAAUGGCAGACGGUGAGGAUAUUCAACCACUCGUCUGCGAUAAUGGGACAGGAAUGGUUAAGGCUGGAUUCGCUGGGGAUGAUGCUCCAAGGGCUGUGUUUCCCAGCAUUGUUGGUCGUCCCCGUCACACAGGAGUGAUGGUUGGCAUGGGCCAAAAAGAUGCAUAUGUUGGGGAUGAAGCUCAGUCCAAGAGAGGUAUAUUGACUCUUAAAUAUCCCAUUGAGCAUGGAAUUGUGAGCAACUGGGAUGACAUGGAGAAGAUCUGGCAUCACACCUUCUACAAUGAACUCCGUGUUGCACCCGAGGAGCACCCAGUUCUUCUCACUGAAGCACCUCUCAACCCAAAAGCUAAUCGUGAGAAAAUGACCCAAAUUAUGUUUGAGACCUUCAAUACCCCCGCCAUGUAUGUUGCCAUCCAGGCUGUUCUUUCCUUGUAUGCUAGUGGCCGUACAACUGGUAUCGUUCUUGACUCCGGAGAUGGUGUCAGCCAUACUGUCCCCAUUUAUGAGGGUUAUGCUCUCCCUCAUGCCAUCCUCCGUCUUGACUUAGCAGGACGCGAUCUCACUGAUGCCCUAAUGAAAAUCCUUACGGAGCGUGGUUAUUCAUUCACCACCACAGCCGAGCGUGAAAUUGUAAGGGAUGUAAAGGAAAAGCUGGCUUAUAUUGCCCUUGAUUAUGAGCAAGAGCUUGAAACAUCGAAAACUAGCUCUUCUGUUGAGAAGAGCUAUGAGUUGCCUGAUGGACAGGUCAUCACCAUUGGUGCAGAGCGUUUCCGAUGCCCUGAGGUUCUCUUCCAACCAUCCAUGAUCGGAAUGGAAGCUGCUGGCAUUCACGAGACCACUUACAAUUCAAUUAUGAAGUGUGAUGUGGAUAUUAGGAAGGACUUGUAUGGAAACAUCGUUCUCAGCGGUGGUUCUACCAUGUUCCCUGGUAUUGCUGACAGAAUGAGCAAGGAAAUAUCAGCUUUGGCCCCAAGUAGCAUGAAGAUUAAGGUGGUUGCUCCACCUGAGAGAAAGUACAGUGUCUGGAUUGGUGGCUCUAUCUUGGCUUCUCUCAGCACCUUCCAACAGAUGUGGAUUGCAAAGGCCGAGUACGACGAGGCUGGUCCGUCAAUUGUACACAGGAAAUGCUUCUAAAUGCUGCUGCAGGUGGCUUUUUUGAAAGAAAAUACGGCGUCCUCGUUUUAUAUUAUAAAAUGUGUUGUUAUAUCAAUUAACUGAGUUGAUGGCUGAGUAAAUUCAUUCAUUUUUGUUUUAUUAUUGGCAAUCGUUGAACGGUUGAUAUUUAGUUUUAAUUCUAAAUCAACGCCUUUCAACUUAUAAUUGCGUCCCCAUCUCUUAUUGAA